UAUGUAUCAAGUUAGUAAGUAGCAGCAGCAAUUCCUGCCAGCGGCAGAUGGAUCGCUUUCAUUUUGCGGAAUGAUUGCUGACACCCGGCAGGAUUUCCCUGGUUGCAGGAGCAGCAGCGGAGAGCCGAACUCUACCUCCUCUUUCUUGGGCGUGGAGGAGAGGUUGGAGGCUGCGGGAAUGGAUAGCAGCUGGGCGGGAUCUCCUGACUCCUUCUAAACGUCCCCCUCCACUUCUCCUGUCCCCCACCCCCUUCCCCCAAACGGCUUCCAGGCACCCAGUCUCAAAUCAACAAGGGCAGGUGGCCGGAGCGACCUGGAGGCACCCCGCCUCUGACCUCCCACCCACCCCCCUUCUCUUUCUUGUUCCUGCUUCCCGCCCCUCUCUCCUUUUCCUUUUUAUUAUUUAUUUAUUUUUGUUGUGCGUGAAUUCUCUCCCAGUGAGAUGCUAGUGGCUCCCCGAACGAAGAUUUUGGCUGGGGAUGUAGAAACAACAGUGGCAUAAUAUGGGUGGGAAUCACUCCCACAAAACUCCUGUGUUUGAUGAAAAUGAGGAUGUUAAUUUUGACCAUUUUCAAAUACUCCGGGCCAUUGGCAAAGGAAGCUUUGGAAAGGUAUGCAUCGUGCAGAAGAGGGACACUAAGAAAAUGUAUGCCAUGAAAUACAUGAAUAAACAGAAGUGUAUUGAGAGAGAUGAAGUUCGGAAUGUCUUCAGAGAGCUCCAGAUCAUGCAGGGCUUGGAGCAUCCCUUCUUAGUCAAUUUGUGGUAUUCCUUUCAAGAUGAGGAAGACAUGUUCAUGGUGGUUGAUCUGCUUCUGGGAGGGGAUCUCCGUUACCACCUACAACAAAAUGUGCAUUUCAAUGAGGGAACUGUGAAACUCUACAUCUGUGAACUGGCCCUUUCCCUCGACUACUUGCAGAGAUACCACAUCAUCCACAGAGACAUCAAACCAGACAACAUAUUAUUGGAUGAGCAUGGGCAUGUCCAUAUUACUGAUUUUAACAUCGCCACCGUAAUAAAAGGAGCAGAAAAGGCUUCCUCUAUGGCUGGAACGAAGCCCUACAUGGCCCCAGAAGUGUUCCAGGUAUUUAUGGACGGAGGCCCAGGGUACUCCUACCCUGUAGAUUGGUGGUCCCUGGGAAUUACGGCUUAUGAAUUAUUGCGUGGUUGGAGACCUUAUGAAAUCCAUUCAGCCACACCAAUUGAUGAAAUCCUCAACAUGUUCAAAGUGGAACGGGUUCACUACUCCUCCACAUGGUGUAAAGGAAUGGUGGCAUUAUUAAAAAAGCUUCUCACGAAAGACCCCGAGAGCCGUCUUUCCAGCCUUGUAGAUAUUCAGAGUUCUCCAUACUUAGCUGAUAUGAACUGGGAUGCUGUGCUGGAGAAGGCAAUGACGCCAGGUUUUGUUCCAAAUAAGGGGAGGCUGAAUUGUGAUCCAACUUUUGAAUUAGAGGAAAUGAUUCUAGAAUCUAAACCCCUUCAUAAAAAGAAGAAGAGGCUGGCCAAAAACAAAUCCAAAGAUGGAGGAAAAGAAAGCUGUGCCCUGAAUGGACACCUACAGCAGUGUUUAGAAACAGUGAGGAAAGAAUUUAUCAUCUUCAACAGAGAAAAAUUGAGGAGGCAGCAAGACACAAGCGGACAACUCUCCAUUGGUGAAAACCGUGUCGCACCCCCAGUUCAUGGGAAACUCCAGGAUGGGCGGAAUAACAACAUCCUCAGUCAGACCUGCACACGUGGCUGCAGCUGUUAGGCUCUUCUGGCCAUGUCUGAGUCUCAGUUCCCUUCUGUGCAUGUGAUGGUAUCUCUGUGCUCCCCCACCCUUCCCAGUCAAGAAAAGCACUGAACUAGGACUCGAGAGACAUACAUUCUAGUCCCACAUCCACCACUGACUUUUGUGUGAGAUCUUGAACCAGUUCCUUCCCUUUGUUUCCUGUCUGACCUCUCUCUUGGCCUCAGUCUUCUCCACUAUAAAAUGAAGGGGUUGGAUUAGAUGAUCGUUAAAGGGUCCAUUCCAACUCCCAAUUCUAUGAUAACUUUUCCAAGCCUUCAUUACCUCAUCUGUCAAUUGGGAAUAAUCAUCCCAGCCCUGCUACCUCUCAGGGCUUUUGGGAAGGACUUUGGAACAGAUGAGAAAACCCUUCUAAAAAGCAUAAAUCACUCUACUUAGCCAAGGUCUAGAGGUAAAAAGGACACUGGCUAAAGAACGGGAGGAUACGGUUCUAGUCCCAGCGACUCCCCAACUGACUAUGUGACCAUGGGCAACCCUCCCUGGGCCUUAAUUACCUUGUUUGUGUGUGGGGAUAAGAUUAGAUUAUAUUUAAGAUCCCUUCUAGCACUCACAUUUUAGGUUCCCCAUUCCAAGAUCCAUUCUAGCUUUUACAUUCUAGAUUCUGUUCUAAGGUGUCUUUUUGUGCUAACAAACUAGGUUCUAAGGUCCCUUCAAUCUCUGAUAGUCUAUGUUUUCAGACCCCUUCUAGCUCAAACAUCUGAUGUUCUAAGUCCCCUUCCAGCUAUUCCCUUCUGGGCUGCAAGGUCUCUUCCAGCCCUAACCUUCUUUUACAACCCAAACACACAAUUGAAUUCAUUCCCAGCUAUUCCGACCCUUCUAAACCAGGCUUUGGGAAAAUACAAUCCCUUUAGCACCUACAACAUCAGUCCUUUCUGAGCUGGUGUCUCCUGAGAGAGAACCAUCUUCAGAAUCUGGGAACCCAACAUGGGACACUGUAGCUUCCAUCUUCUGAGGCUUCAGACACUUGUCAAGGGCCCCCUCCAUCUGCGGUUCCCUGAGAUUCCUGUGCAAAAACAGUGUCCUUUCCCUGUAUGUCCAAACCACGCACCAUGCCUGGAACCCGGGACUCUUGUGUGAUGGCUAAACAUGACUAGAGCAUAUGCUGCCUUUUGUAUCGCUGUGUCCACACCUGGUGUUUCUGUGACUGCAGUGUGCUCUGUAGCCAAUACCUACUACUGGCAAUCAACUACCUGAAACCUAGUCAUGCAACAUGAAUGUAAACCUGAUUCAUCUGUUCUCCCUCCACCCAAUGCCUUCCUGUGGGAUGAAUAAAAAGGAACUUAUCCUGGUCGGAUCAGGCUGGUGAGGUUCCUCGGUCCUCGCUACAGAUGAAGAAUCAGCUGAUCUAGCCAAACACACUACCCACACACGUUUAAUGGACAUCUUCUAUGGGCAAGAGAGUGUCGAUACAGAGAUUGGUCCGACAAAAAUGCUGCCCUCGAGAAGUGUCCAGCAUAGGUUGGGGCAAGAGCAGGGAGGGCAGUGAGGGGAGAAACAAUACAUACAGAUUCAUAUGAAAAAUGUAGAGAGCAAUUGGACCAAAGGUCUGAAAUCUAAUCAGAGUUUUCUAUAGGGAAAUUUAAAGAAAGGGACCCUCCUCUCAGCUGUGGGGAAUUAGAGAAGACUUCCUUGAGAUGGGUGAUAAUUUAAGAAACAUAUUUAUUUAGAAAGUUUUGCCUGUUUGGAAAGCAAGAAUCCUUUGGUAUGUAGAGGGAAGCAACAGACAUUUGAGAGAAACACGUUUCUCUCUCUCUGGGUCUCCCCACAGUUGGGAAAUAAGAUAGGAGUCCUAGUAUUUUUUCCACUUUUAAACUUGCUCCUUGUACAUCUGGAUAAGUGCAUGGCUGUGACUGUGAACUGUGUUUUUACUUUGUAAAGCUUUUCAUCUGGAAGCCAAAUUCCAUUUUCACCUUUUUACCAUGUAAGUUAGGUCUUUGAGACGUGACAAUAGCAUACCUUCUUUUUUUAAGAGAAUAUUUUUACUGUAUUGUUUUGUAACUUUUUUUUAUAAGAACAAUAUUUUUUCCCCUUAGAGUUGGGUCUAUUUUUAAAUUGUGUUGCUUGCUUAUUUGAGACUCCUUUUGCAUUUCUUCAUAGGAAUCUGCUUUCUUACUGUGAGUUGAGCAAAUCAUUCGGAGUAAUGAAGUCAGCAUCUUUACUGACCCUGGCAGGGCUUUAGAUGGUUCAUUCUGUUGGUUUCAUUCAUUAGACAGAGAGUGAGAACCAAACUAACCCCAGGGUCAAGAAAGGACAUUGCUUUUCUGAGGUCUGCUCAGGUCCCUGUUCAUCAUUCAGAAUAAACUCUUUCUUGCUCAUCCCUUCUUAUAAA